AUGGGGGACACGAAUGGAUGGGCGGGUAAAUCCAUUCGUUUUUUGUGUUGGUCACGGGCCUCACUGUGUUUGCCCCGGAAUUUGUUGUGUUGGUCUCGGGCCCUCGCGACUCAGCCCCUCGGUCACCACGGGACUCAGUCCGUGGAAGUGUCGCAUUCGUCCUCCUUCUGGGCUACCGUCAAUGAUUUCCUUCAAAGCGCCGACAGCCGGGCCGCCAGGUGUUUUCGGCAAACCCAGUGGGAUCAGCUAUGCAUCAUUGCCUCAAAAGCAAACCGUUGGCUUGAAUGUGUUGCUUUAGAUCGGGUUACAAGCGGGUUUAACAAUGUUGUUCGUCUACUCGAGUUCUCCGACCGGAGUCGCUGGGCAGCCCGCGUCCAGAUCAAGAACACAAGCAACGCCGAGCUUGAGGCCAAGGUUGCAACAAUGCAAUACAUUAAGGAGCAUUCUGAGUUGGCUGUCCCCAGAGUCUUUGCAUACACCCUCGACGAGAAUAACCCAGCGGCGGUCGCGUACAUGCUAAUUGAGGUCCUCCGCGGCAUCGUGGCCAUGGACGCCCUUGGCGGCUACGAUGUGCACCGUGGCGUGAUACCCACGCAGUACCGUCCACAAUUUUACCGCUCAGUGGCAGCAUGCCAUGUCCAGAUAACCUCCUUGCGACUCCCAAAGAUUGGCACGAUUGCUCGAAAUCGAGACGGGGCAUACGAGCUCGGCCCCUUACCAGGGACCGGCGGCCCAUUCAACACGGCAGUGGCCACGAUGCAGGGAGGACCGAUUCCAGCAGACCGGAUGAUUUCUAUUAUCAACCAGUUCCCAUCACAGGUCAAGGCGAUGUCUAGCCGGCUUUCCGCAAGCAACAAUGGGCCGUUCCCCCUAUGCCAUGACGAUUUCCUUCACAGCAACAUCAUGGUUGACGAGAACAAUUUCAAUGUCACGGGCAUCAUCGACUGGGAAGGGGCAUGUACUGUACCCUGGGAGCUGGUUGCAUUUCCCGAGUUCCUCCAGGCCAUGCCCGUGUCCUUCGACCUCCUGCAAAACUAUGACAGCGAUGGGCAACCUCUUGAUGAAGACGAGAGGCAGACAUGGCGUGAGCGACAGGAAUACAUCGAGAUGGUGAGGUCAGCGGAACUGGAAGACCACCUGCUCUCGACUUGCCUUGGUAGCAAUAGAAGCCAGGCUCUGGCCUACGCAUACGGGGCGUUUACUAGCACCGGGAAGUUGGGCUUCUAUGAUAGGGUUGUAGAAGAGGUAGAGAGAGAGACCUAG